CCAGGGGCUGCGGAAGUGCCACACAUUCGCGACCUCGAGUCCUUUCCGCGCACAACACGGUAAAUCGAGUGGGUCAGCGUGAGUUUUUCCGAGAGUUUUUCGCCAUUUAUACGCCGACGAAGGAAAGGAAUGGAAAGGAAAGGCGUAAUUUUGAAUGAAGCAAACUAAAGGUAAAUUUAAAGUGUACUGAUAUAAAACGGAAAACAGAAGCAGAAACACAAAAAGAAAAACAAAACCAACAAGAGUGCGUUUAGAUGAAAUAUUUCAUUGACGGCUAGCAAAAGUAAAAGUUUAAGUAAGCAUAAAACAAAAUAUAAUAGCAGUAAAAAAUAAAAAAAACGGAUGGCGCAUUAUGCUGCUAAAGUCGACAAGGACGUUGGCGGCCGGAGCAGCAGCAGCAACAUCAGCAACAGCAACAGCAACAGCAGCAACAGCAGCAACAGCAGCAACAGCAGCAACAUCAGCACUUAAAUGCAGCAACAAGAAAAAUCAGCUGAAAACUGGCAAAUAAAACUCAACGACAGGCAAAAACUAUUAAAUCUCGCUGGAUGCCUGCGGCAAUAGUUAUUGUUAAACAACACAAGCAGCGGCAACAGAAGGAGCAGCAGAAGCACCGGAAACAGCGGGAGCAGGACCAACGGCAACAGGAGGGGCAACAAAUUUGCAAUAUAAAUUUAUGCGGAUUUUCGCGUCGAAGCGGCGCCGCCGACGUCGACAUCAUCGAAUCGCGUAGCCCAGGCCAUGCUGCUGAUGUCGACGUCCCAGCAGCAAUAUCUCCGGUAGCAACAGCAGCAACAGCAGUAACAGCAUCAGCAGAAACAGCAGCAACAGCAGCAACAACAACAGCAACAACAACAGCAACAGCAGCAACAACAAGGCUAGCGACGACGACGCGAGCAGUUAUUAUAAUAAUGGCGUUAGUUGUUAGCAUAGUACAGCAACAGCAACCAAUGGAACAGCAGCAACAACAAUCGCUACUCUGGCCAUUCUAUAACGGACUUGGUGUGGCGGCUGCCUUCACUGGGCAUCCAGAUGACUCCAGUGAUGGUCCAACCCUGUCGACAUUCCUGUCAUCAUCACCGUCGCCAUCAGCGGCAUCAACUCCGAACUCUACGCCAUCGUUUGCGGCGGCGAAUGGGCCACAAACGGAAGCCACGAAUCACACUUUCAAGAGUUUAGCCUUCCUGGACGCGUCCUUUGGCUCCGAUCUGUUUGCCCAGAACGAGAGAGAGAAGGACGAGGAAUUGGACACGGACAAGGACAUGGACAUGGACAUGGACUCCUCGUCGCAGUCGCUGCCAAUUUUCGACUUUGGCAUGCCGCGCAACAUCACCGGACGCACUGGCCACACGGAGGCCAUAAUUAAAUGCCGCGUGGACAGUCUGCAUGAUAAAUCGGUAUCCUGGAUACGGAAACGUGAUCUGCAUAUCCUGACCGUAGGCACCGCCACCUACACUUCCGACAAGCGAUUCCAGGUGAGUGAAUCGAAGGAUUCCAGGGAAUGGACGCUCCAUGUGAAAUCGCCACUGGCCAAAGACAGUGGAAUCUACGAGUGCCAGGUGAACACGGAGCCCAAAAUGUCGAUGGCAUUUCAACUGAACAUCAUCGAGAUUUCGCCGGAUGCCAAGGCGGUUAUCAGUGGUCCGCCCGACUUGCACUUCAAGGCGGGCAGUGCCAUUAUCCUCAAUUGUCUGGUGCAGCAGCCAUCGGUGAAGGACAUAGGACCGAUCUAUUGGUAUCGCGGCGAGCACAUGAUCACUCCCUUCGACGCGGAUGAUGGGCAGCCGGAGAUUCCAGCGGGCAGAAAUAAGGAUUCCAACGGCAGGAUCCCCGAGGACCCAUCCCUGAAUGACAUUAUGAGCGAGGUGGACCUGCGAAAGGAGUUCGCCACCCGCAUCGCCAUGGAGUCGCAGCUGGGCGAUACUCUCAAGUCCAGGCUCCGCAUCUCGAAUGCCCAGACCACGGACACCGGCAACUACACGUGUCAGCCAACGACGGCCAGCAGCGCCAGUGUCCUGGUCCAUGUGAUUAAUGAUGAGAAUCCCGCUGCGAUGCAGAAGAGCGGGGCGUGUCCUCGUGCCCUCGGUCCGCUCCAGCUGUUCUGGCUGUUCUGGCUGCUGGAGUUGUUGUUGCGAGCGGUAUUGACUGCUGGCAACUGAAACUGAAAGUUGUCCCCAUCGUUGUUGGCACUCUAAUUGCAGCAGAACGAGAAAAUUAUGUUCCAUGACGAUGGCAUUUUUUUUUUUUACCAAGUUGUUCGCUGUUUUGUUAGAAUUCUGGAAUGGAGGAUGGAGAAAAACGGGCCAAGGGAAAAUGGUGAAGGCAAACAACACAGUCGCUUUCCCUUUCAGGCGAAUGUUUGUUUUCCUUUUAAUAUUUACAUUUCAUUGUGCAAAAUGAGACACUGAGUCGGAGCAAGGCAAUGGAAAAUGCAAAAUGCAGAAUGAAAAAUGCAAAGGACGAAGGACGAAAAGAAUGACACUCUCUGUAAAUACCACAAAGAUGCGGCGUAGCUUACAGAUAUACUUACAAAUACAAAAGUGUGUAUUUUAUUUCAUUACAACGGCUCACCACAAAGAAUCCACACA